AUGAGUGUUGCAAGUUAUAGUAGAUGUCGUAUUCGAUUCGUUCCAAAUGAUCAACAAAGUUCGGAACGUAAUUAUUCAGAUAGAACAUUAAUUGAAUUGAGACAAUAUGAUUUUGGUGAUUAUUCAUUACGAGCUAUUGAUGUCGAUAAUAACAAAAGCGAAAUCUUUACUAUUCCAUUUAAACAAUCAGAUCAAUAUAAACGUAGACAAGUAGCCAAUCAACCGGAUGGAAUUCGUACUAAUAAUGGAGUUUAUUUGCUAUGGUUAAAUGAUGAUACACGUGAUCAAUUUCAUAAAGCAUUAGAUACAGCUAUCGAACAAUUGGACGAAAUUCGCAAACAAUCGCCUCAACAUCCAUCUCCUCAACCUGAUGUUCCACUAAAAGAAAAUCGACAAUAUAAUGAUACACGAGCAAAGCCACCGGCACAUAAAGAUAGCAAUGAACAUUUAAAUCGUGUAGAUGUUUUGGCUGAUGUUUACCGAUUGGGCCAACAUAUAAGACAAGGUGAUGUCGAUGAAGCUAUUGCUGUAAGUAAGAAAUUAGCUAAUCAACAUGUUCAACUUCAAGCAAAUCCAUGGAGACAAUCGAAAGAAGAACAGAUAAUUCAAAUUCGAAUCCAAAUUGAUAGUAAUAAUCAAGAUUUGAGUAAUAAAUAUGAUACAUUUACCGCCGAUGUUUAUCCAUCAACAAAAAUUCAUGAAUUACGUGCUGCUUUAGGAUAUUCUAAUUAUAAUUUACCAUCAAAUCAAUAUUUUUUUGUUAAUGGUCAUUUAGCUCAUGAAAAUUCUACUAUACAAGAUUUAAAUGUUCAACAAAAUUCACUUUUUAUUUUAUUUAUAAUUCAAUAA